AUGGUCUCAUCGGUCUCAAUUUUAUUCUCAUUGUGCCUUGUCACUUUCGUGAAUUCGCAUCGUAUCCUUGUGUUAGUGGAUAAUCUGAACAUUCGUGAAACGCAUUCGAUUUUCCUCAAAUCGCUAGCAGAAAGGUCCCAUAAAUUAACCGUAAAAGCUGCCGAUGAUCCGUCUUUGGCAUUGACGAAACAUGGUGAAAGAUUGUACGAGCAUUUAAUUCUCUUCGCCCCUGGAGUUGAUGAAUUUGGCGGUUCGGUGAAUGUCGCGGAAAUAACGGCGUUCAUUGAUGGAGGUGGUAACGUGCUCAUAGCCGCAGGUGCGCAGAUCGGUGACGCACUCCGAGAUCUGGCUACAGAAAUCGGAUUCGAAUUCGAUGAUGACAAAACAGUGCUUAUCGAUCAUCUCAACUAUGACACUUUACUGGCAAGUCAAGAUGAUGGUGAGCAUACGACGAUAGUCGCGCAGCCAUCGCAGUUAAUGUCUGCACCAGCAAUUGUGGGCUCUCCAUCCGUUCAUGCACCUGUGCUAUUCAAAGGCGUUGCUCUGGUUGCCGAUAAAACGAAUCGUUUACGUCUAGAGCUGCUUACUGCUUCUACAAGCGCUUACUCUUUCAAUCCACAUAAUAAAAUUGAAGAGUAUCCAGCUGCAAUCGGUCGUUCAGCGAUAUUAGUCGGUGCGUUGCAAGCUCGCAAUAACGCACGUGUUGUUUUAACGGGUUCGUUGGAGAUGUUCUCUGAUGCGUUCAUCAACGCCAACGUCAACAAGGUUGGCUCAACUUCAAAACCAUCAAGAAGUGGUAACUUGCAAUUGAUAACUGAAUUAAGCAAAUGGGUCUUGAUGGAGAAAGGUGUGCUGCGUGUUAAAUCAGUUACACAUCAUCGUGUUGGUGAGAAGACCCCUCCACGAGAAUACACGAUUUUGGACGAGGUGGAUUAUGAGAUCGAUAUAGAGGAGCUGAAGGCUGGAAAAUGGGUACCGUUCAGUGGUAGUGAUGUACAACUGGAAUUUGUACGCAUUGAUCCGUUCGUGAGAACAACUCUCAAGAACAAAAAUGGUAAAUUGAAAAGUCAGUUCAAACUGCCUGACGUAUAUGGAGUGUUCAAAUUUGUGGUCGAUUAUCACCGCGUUGGAUACACGCAUUUGUAUGAUGUUCGUCAGGUAUCUGUUCGACCGUUAGAGCAUACCCAGUAUGAACGUUUCAUUCGAAGUGCAUAUCCGUAUUAUGCGUCUGCAUUCUCGAUGAUGGUUGGCCUAGUGCUGUUCUCGUGUGUUUUCUUAUAUCACAAGAACGUUAGCAAGGAUAUCAAAAAAGAUUGAUGAAUUGACACAUUAUUUAUGUUAGUAUCGCUCAUGUUUGUGUGUUUCGCUCUAAUAAAAUUAUCGUUGUUAAGAGUUCGUUUGUAAGAGAAUAUAUUCUUUAUUCUAAAGUUAGGGAUAACAGCUGUUGUUAUUAUUAAAUUGCCUUAUCAAAUUCCCCUGAAGAUGAACUGUUAUUUGUUGUCGAAGUUCUGUUAAAAGGUAUUGUUUUGUGAUUAAGUAGUCAAAAUUUUUGUGUAUUGUGGUGAUGUUUCGUUGGAUGUCGUAAAAGAUUCAGUUGAUUUCUUUUUAAUCAUACACUCGAAAUAAAC